AUGGUGGCGACUUCGCUAUGUGUAUCGAAUUCCCUAAUUUGCCCUCACUCUCUUCCUAAUACAUCGUCGCAACCACUCCUCUCUUUCUCACAUUCCCUCAGGCCAUUCGUUUCCAACUCCAAACCUAUUUCCUCGUUACAACAGCAUAAGAGAGAUAGCUCUGGGUUCGUGGUGAAAUCCCAAACUCUUGAUUUCUCCGGCACUUUCUUUGAAGGUGGAUUUGGGUCGGACGAUGACCCGAAUUCUCCUUCCGGGUCGGGCGUUUCAACUGCACUCGAGGACAAACCGGAACCUCAGUGCCCACCUGGGCUCAGGCAGUACGAAACAAUGGCGGUAUUGAGACCGGACAUGUCUGAAGAUGAGCGGCUUGGUCUUACCCAGAAAUACGAAGAGUUGCUUGUGGCUGGAGGUGGAAUGUAUGUGGAAGUGUUCAACAGAGGAGUGAUUCCAUUGGCUUACAGCAUCAGAAAGAAGAACAAAGCUGGAGAAACCAACACUUACUUGGAUGGAAUCUACCUUCUCUUUACUUACUUCACCAAACCCGAAUCAAUAACUCCGCUCGAGACUGUUCUCACUGCGGAUGACGACAUUAUCCGAUCUUCUUCCUUCAAGAUAAAGAAGAGGAAGUACAACUGA